ACUCAUCAACUCGCGUUAUUUUGGAAAUUUUUAAAGAAAUAAUUAAAUUACUUGGCUGGCCUAUCCGAGACAGCCAUCAUGGACGUAAUGUCAUCAUCCUUACAACAGCAACGGAUUGUCGUUGAUCAGCUACGCCGGGAGGCGGCCAUCGAUCGGCAAACCGUAUCGGAAUCAUGCAACAAAAUGAUGAAAUAUAUCACAGAGCAUGAGCAGGAGGAUUAUCUAUUGACUGGUUUCACCAGCCAAAAGGUUAAUCCGUUCCGUGAGAAAUCCUCAUGCACAGUGCUUUAAGGCGGUCAAGGCAAAGUUGGAGAAGGAGUUGGAGAGAUGCGCGGCCGAGGCGAGAAGAAGAAGGAUCAAUGGAUCAAGCAAGCAAUUCUCAGAUUUCGUAUUUAAGUUCUAAAGUUGAUGACACCAGUACCAGUCGAAAGCCACCUGGAACCACGUAUGCAUAUGUAUAUUCUCUAUAUCUAAAUAUAUAUAUAUUUCUAAAUGUGUAUGUGUGUAAAUUGAAGAGUAAAUACAUAAAAACAAAAAAACUUACAAUAAGCAAUACUAUUAAAAUCCAGAAAACAAAUAUAUCAACAACCAAAAAAUAAAAUAUACAUACUAAAUCUAUAUAUUCUAUGUACCAAUCCAAUGUUAACAACAAGUGUUAUUUAUACAUACAUAUGUAAAAAAUGUGUGCAAGAGAAGCUAGGCCCAGAAAUAUCAAGCAAAAACCAACAACAAAUUCUUCUCCCUCCAAAACGCCCUUCGUAUCCCUUAUAUACCUAUCUAUAUAAUUUGUUUUUAUCUUUGCUAAAUGAUAACACGAAUAUCCCAACCAAAAAAAUUUAAUAAAAAAGCGGACAUCCAUAAGAUACAUAUGUAUAUGUGUAUAUGAUAGAUAUAAUAUAUAUAUAUCUAUAUACUAGUAAUCCCAACAAAUUGACAAAAAUAUAAGAAAUAAACGUAAUCAAAUCAGAAAUACACACAAA